AUGCAUUCCAAGACCGUUCUUCUUUCUCUCCUUGCCGCUUCCGGCGCCUUCGCUGCCCCCCACAGCCGUCGCCACUACGACGACAAGGUCACCGUCGCCCUCAGCGAUGGCGGUGAAACCGGCGCUCAGGUCACCCUCGAAUCCACCGUCCGAGACAUGGCGACCCCCGCCAUCAGCGGUCCCUUCAACUCGAUCGAGAUCCGCCUCGGUGAGGACGUCCAGAACCAAGAACUUCGUUGCCAGGCGCUCGACAACUACGGCAAUCCCAUCGUGGGCACACGCGGCGCCAACAUCGACACCACCUUCUCCGACGCCGGCAAGGGCCCAUGGACCUUCCGCCAAGCCAGCUAUGUCAGUGAGGUGGUCUGCGACCCCACCUUUGUGAAGAUCGAUCCGACAUCCGACGAGCUCAACCUGCGCGUCGUCCUCGAGAGCCAAUCCACCGAGACCGGCUCGCAGACGGUGCUCCCCGCCGGGUACCGCGCCGAGUCAGCCCCCGUAGCAACGAGCGGGCCCUUCGAGACCGUCGAGCUCCGCGUCGGGUCGUUGGUUGAGAAGCAGGACUACCGCUGCAGGAUCCUCGACAUCUACGGGAACCCCCUGAUCGUCCUCCGCGGCGAGAACCGUGACAACACCUUCUCCGACGCCCACAAGGGUGCCUGGACCCUGGAGACCCCCAGCGAGGUCGGCGACAUCAUCUGCGACCCUACCUUUGUUGCCCAAAAGUUGUAA